AUGUUCGGUCAGCGGUUCGACUUGGCGAGGCCAGGCAUCUCUGUCUUGGUCAGCGUUCCGCGCGGAAUGCCCGUCGAGGACGCGUUGCUUGCUGUAAAGGCCGAUGCACGUCGAUUGGGGGCACAUUGCUCAGACAUAUACUUCCAGGAGAUCAACGUCACAGGGACAUGGGCGCACAAGGCGCAGCCUGGAGGCUUCCACUUCGACGCUCGCGGCGAUCGCGCGGAAAAGCCGAGGUGGCUGAAACUCGGACCGGUGCAGCUCAAAGUCGGCAACGGGCAUGCCGACAAGGGGCAGCGUUAUUUGAACGUUUACGUCAAGAACCUUCAGCGUGCUGGGUUUCCUGUCGGAGGGCUGCUGGGAGAGGAUGACCGCGCGGAGGCGGCGGCCCCUGAGGAAAGGUGCCAAAAGCUUCUGUCCAUGGAAGCACAUGCAUACGGUCAGCUUCAACAGGACUCCGUCGCUUUCGGCUACUGA